UCAAUGUUUGAUGUAAUAAGUGAGCUGCAGUAAUGGGCCAUAGCAAUUGCCAAAAAUACCCCCCAUCCCCACCACCUAUUUCUUCUUCUUGUCUACCCCUUUCUCCAAAUGUUAUUAUUUCAUUUUUGCUCUUGUUUUAGGUUCUUCAUAUUUUGUGGGCAUCCAAGAAACUAAAUUUGGAAAAAAUCUUGAGUUCCUGGAGCAUAAAGCAAGUGCAGCAUCAACAAUGGGAUCUGGGCAUUGGUUGAAAAUUAUAAUCACCUGUAGUAAAGCAAGGAAAUCAAAAUCAAACAAAACGAAGGGUUUUUCUGUACCGGAAUCGUAUAAUUUGGAAUCCCAGCCUCAAGAAAAAUCAAAAGCUACUGUCAAUGACAUUGCUCGUGAGAAUAUGGCUGCAAUUCGGAUCCAGACUGCAUUCAGGGCGUUUAAGGCAAGAAAGGUUUUAAGGCAUUUGAAAGGAGUAUCAAGAUUGCAAACCCUUACACGAGGCGAUUUUGGCAAAAAACAAGCGUCAAACACGUUGACCAAUCUACAAACAUGGACCAAGGUGCAAGCCCAGAUAAGAACGCGCAGAAAACACAUGGUUGAAAAUGGAGGAAUCCGGCGCAAGAAGUUAGAAAGUCAGUUGAAGCUUGAGACUAAGCUCCAUGAUCUAGAGGUGGAGUGGAGUGGCGGUUUUGAUACGAAGGAUGAGGCUCUUGCAAGGAUACAACAGAGAGAAGAAGCAGCAGUAAAGCGUGAGCGCGCUAUGGCAUAUGCCUUCACUCAUCAGUGGAGGCCAAAUUCGAAAUCGAAUUUAGGCCCAAAGGAUUCAAAACUUGCCAAUGCAUAUUGGGACUGGAGUUGGAUGGAUAGAUGGGUUGUUUCUCAGCCAUGGGAAAAGAGAGUCCUGGGUGAGUUGACUCCAAAAAAAGUCAACAGCCCUGCAAACAAAGCCCCUAAAAAAUCACCAAAGAAAACUUUGAGAAACAGAAAGCUAUCUUAUGGGUCAGCCACAAAAGUUGAAGAUGCAAACAACAAGACAGAAACUGCAUGAUGAUCUAAUUUUGAGUUUAUGUGUUGGCAAACAAAUACAUUGCAUCUUGUGUAUAUUUUGUAAAGUUAUUUUCUAUUUAUGUUGUAAAAAGUUGCAGAACAUAAUGUUUGAUUGUCAUUUUUUUCAUAAUGUUAUAGUUUGAUGUGUAAA